UCCCAGAACUGACCUGACAAAUAUUGACCAGGUCGCUGCGAUCUUCAAACACCAUUUUCCUGUGGGUAGAGGUGAUGCAGUGCUGAAGACCCGGGCCCCCACUCAGUGCCUUCGUUCUAGAAUGGGGCCAGCUUGGCUUUGGCUACUGGGAACAGGCAUCCUGGCCUCUGUCCACUGUCAAUCCCUUCCUGCCCAUGGAGAUAAAAGUCUGCAGGGGCCUCAACCCCCUGGGCAUCAGCUCUCAGAGCCAGCCCCCGCCUACCGCAGAAUCACACCCACCAUUACCAAAUUUGCUUUGCGUUUGUACAAAGAGCUGGCAGCAGACGCCCCUGGAAACAUCUUCUUCUCGCCAGUGAGCAUCUCUACCACCCUGGCCCUGCUCUCUCUUGGGGCCCAAGCUGACACCUCAGCUCUGAUCCUGGAAGGCCUAGGAUUCAACCUCACAGAAACCCCAGAAGCCAACAUCCACCAGGGUUUCCGGAGCCUCCUCCACACCCUUGCCCUGCCCAGCCCCAAACUCGAACUAAAAGUAGGAAACUCCCUGUUCCUAGACAAGCGACUAAAGCCUCGGCAGCACUAUUUGGACAGCAUCAAGGAGCUUUAUGGAGCUUUUGCCUUUUCUGCCAACUUCACAGAUUCUGUUACAACUGGGAGGCAGAUUAAUGACUAUGUGAGAAGGCAAACAUAUGGGCAAGUCGUGGACUGCCUCCCAGAGUUCAGCCAGGACACGCUCAUGGUUCUUGCCAAUUACAUCUUCUUCAAAGCCAAGUGGAAGCACCCUUUCAGUCGCUACCAGACCCAGAAGCAGGAAAGUUUCCUUGUGGAUGACAGGACCUCUCUCCGGGUCCCCAUGAUGCACCAAAAGGAAAUGCACAGAUUCCUCUAUGACCAGGAGUUGGCUUGCACCGUCCUCCAGAUAGAAUACAGAGGAAAUGCCCUGGCGCUUCUGGUCCUCCCUGACCCGGGAAAAAUGAAGCAGGUGGAGGCCUCUCUGCAGCCAGAGACCCUGAGAAAAUGGGGCCAAUUGCUCCUGCCCAGUCUGUUGGAUUUGCACUUGCCAAGGUUUUCAAUUUCUGGAACAUAUAACCUGGAAGACAUACUUCCCCAAAUUGGUCUCACCGACAUACUCAACUUAGAAGCUGACUUCUCAGGAGUCACUGGGCAGCUCAACAAAACCAUCUCCAGGGUGUCACACAAGGCGAUGGUGGACAUGAGUGAGAAGGGGACCGAGGCCGGGGCUGCUUCAGGCCUCCUCUCCCAGCCCCCAUCUCUGAACACCAUGUCAGGCCCACAUGCCCACUUCAACAGGCCUUUCCUCUUGCUCCUUUGGGAGGUGACCACCCAGAGCUUACUCUUCCUGGGAAAAGUUGUCAACCCAGUUGCAGGGUAACCGUGGUGAGAGGCCAGGGGUUAUCUUACCUCGGCCUGGACCAAACAGAUAGGCCAGCACCAGCCUGCAUCCUGGGGCUGCUAUGUGGACCAAUUCAUCAGUGUGCCAAGAUUCUAAUAAAGUUGACCUUGCGUUCUGUGAA